AUGUCGACCGCGUUUUCGUAUGCACAGGCCGCUCGCGGCCAGGUCCCCAACCCUCCUGCACCGCAGUCAGUAGUCAGCCAGGCUGGAUCGGUAGCCAGCAGUCAGAACAACGACGCAGCCUCCAGCACAACCAGCGAUCCCCCUUCAGUCGCUCCUUCUUCGUCGCCCAACGAGCAAAGUGCCCAUGAUGCCACCACACAGGCACCUGGCCAGCUGAGUUCAGCUACCAAGCCCGAGUCAGUCGCGACGGAACAGCAAGGCAAGGAGGAUUCCGCGAUCAAGACUACUGCAGAGUCCUCUGCACCAUCUACACAGGACAAGAAGCCGUUGAGUGAUGCAGCAAGCCAGACGGAAAGACGGUCUAAGGCCACCUCGGCGACACGUGCUUCCGACGUUUCCGACAAUAGGAAGGCAAGGAAAGGCAAGAAGUCAAAGUCCGCCGAGAAGGACUCGGAGCAAGACCAAGCAGCUUCCAAAGAGAAGGAAGUCGAGGAGCAGAAGCCCCAGGUGCCACUCGCUGACGCACCGCUCCCGUCAGUCAACAUCUGGGCACAGCGCGCCAAGGAGGCCAAAGCCAAGGUAGUCCCGCAAGCCGCCCCUGCCCGUGUCGCUGCCAGCCAGCCGGCCACCGCCGAGUCGAAGAUCGAAACCGCUGCCGGGCAAAGCCGACCAGCCUCUAAUGUGGCCAAGAGCCAGAAGAAGGACACCGUUCGAGACAGCGGUGACCAGGUAUCGCGAAAGACGCUGCCUAAAGGAGGUAGAGUUGGCGAGAAGGCUGGAUCCGAGGCCUUGCCUGCAGUAUCUGAUGUCACGUCGUGGCCAACGCCUGAGACGGCAGCCACCGAGAUCAAGGCACCAGAUAGCACCGGCAAGCAGGCCGAGAACGAAGAGUCCGCGGAGGACAAGCAGGAUUCAGGUCCCAAGGGAAAGCAGCAAUGGAAGAAGAUCCCCAUCGUACCAACGAUCAAAUGGGACACCCCAGUCCCAACGCGGACCCCCCGCGGUGGCCGAACAGGCUCAUCGGGACGUGGCGGCCGUGAGGCAGGCACCAGAGGAAGCCACGCUGGCGCGACCGGCUCUAUCGAUAGGACUCAAGCCACACCCAGAACCGAUAGGUUUGGCGAAAAUGCUGUCAAUGCUGCUAGAGGGUCAUCGAACUCCGCCCAAGCCAACAAGCGCGCCUCUGUAGACGCUUCUGCCAGCCGUGACCGGAAAGCUUCGGGAAGCAAGGAAGUCACCAAGGCUACAUCUUCACAACCGGUUAAUGGCGUUGACGAUGCCUCAACCCCGGCGGAUGCUAACGUCAAUGGCGUAAGCCAGCAGCAAGUCGCUUCCGAGAACUCGACUGCCACUGAUGCCCGAAAUGGCGCCAGCCCUCAGCAAAUUGACGCCUCGAAGGACGCCCCAGCUCAGGUCAGAGACUCAAGUCACCACGGCGCUCCUAGACCCGACAGACGUGGAGGUCGCGGCGGACGUGGUGGAGCGAAUGGCCAAGGACACCACGGUGCCUAUCCUUCCAACGGCCAAGGCUUCGCCGGACCGGGCGCUGCUCCUGGACGCCAGAGCUCAUUCCCUGGCAAUAUGCCCCCGAUGGGCUACGGUAUGCCUGGUGCGCCCAGCACUCGUGGAUCUCAGCGCAACUCUGCUUCGGGCGGCCGCAAUGGCAGAAACCGGCCUCAGUCUUUGCAAGCGCAGCCCAACUUCUCGAUGGACCCCUCGAUGCACCAGAUGUCGGCCUUCCCACCUCAGCCUUACCCCUAUGAGCAGACCCUCAUGAACAUGCUCGUCAAGCAGCUCUCAUACUACUUCUCAGUCAACAACCUGAUCAAGGACUCGUGGUUGAGGAAAUCCAUGGACUCCCAGGGCUAUGUCUUCCUCGAUGUCAUUCUCAGCUUUUCACGCAUGCGUGAAAUCGCAACACAGAUGGAGCUGGUCAAGGCCGCCUGCAUUGAGUGUCCGGACAUCGAGCUCGUUACAGGUUGUGAGGAUGGCCGUGACCGCGUCCGACGUGUCGAUGAUUGGCAGAAGUACAUCUACCCCAAGGGAUCGAGACACGAUGCUGUUAACUUUGACGAUGGUCCGCACAACGUCUGGCGAUGGGGUCAGGGCUACCAGCAGUGGAUGCCACCUUACCAGCCGGCUAUGCCGCCUUACCAGAUGGAGGUGCCAGGUUACUACCAGCCGAACGGCGCCCCGUUCCCCGGAUACAUGAAUGACGCUUCUGAGCAACAUGGCAUGAUCAAUGGUGUGAAUGGACACGCCGCCCCUGGUGAGCCUCAACUGUCAGCCGUGGCUCCCGAAUUCUCCCCCAAGGGCGGUUCUAGUGCCUCUGAUGCCGACCAGAACGGAGCUGUCGCUGGCAAGAGUGCCCCUCUUGCCAAUGGCGAUUCUUCGGCCCUCACCAACGGUACUGGAGAGAACGCACAGGCAUACACCAACGGUGUUCAUGCCGAUGUCGAGGUUGCGGGUCAUUGA